AUGAUUAAAAAUAAUUCGAAAAGCUAUUCCAAUUUAAGAAAAAAGUCAAUACUAUCUAUAUUGGAAAUAUCUAAAGGAAAGUAAUAAGUUGUAACUAACAAAACUAGAGCAAAAUCCAUAACUUCAACAAUAAUAAAGUUAAAAUUGAUUUAGAUUUAUUAGGAAGCCUAUCCCUCUACUUAAACCACCUGAAAUUGAUUUAAAUAAGAUAGAUGUAAAUCCUUUUACAUUUGCAAAUAGAAAUUCUCAUAAUAAUUCAUCAGAUCAAAUUAAUUCUAGAAGUUAAAAUAGUGAUGUUGAAUAAUAAAUGAAUGUUGCUGUCAUUAAAUAAAAUAAUUAAGAUUAAUUACAAAUUUUGAAACGAUAAAAAUAGUUACUUGAAUAUAGAUUAAUUUAAGAGACUGAAUCAUGUCAAUAAUAUCAAUAAAAUUAUCAUUUUCUUCAAGAAAGACUAUAAAAGUUGGAACUUGCAAAAAAUAACUACAUAAAUGAAAUGAAUUCGUUUACUAAAUGUUUAAAACUAAUUUUAAAUAAGGAUGAAUGA